CUCUCUCUCUCUCUCUGCAAAUUUUGAACUUGAAUUCUUCUUUCUUUGGCUUUGCUUUCGUUUUACUCCAUUUGGCGCUCACCUUGUUAUUCGAUUUAUCUGAUGGAGAAAAAUUAGGAGAUUAUUAAUUAGGAGGUAAGUAGGUGGAGGGCUUUUAUCCGAAUCUCCUAAUUUUGUCCCCAUUUAAUUCAAAUAAACACUCCAACUCCCUUUUUUAAAAUUUUUUAGAUAGAAAAGUUUAAGUUUUUAAGGAAGAAGAAACUGCAGAUUCACUCGUUCUUCGAGUUUCUUGGUAUUUUUCUUGUUCUGGAUUCUUGGGUGUAGAAGUGUUUUAUAGGCCCUGAAGAGUGAGACUGGUAGAAUUUAAGAUGGAGCAGUAUGAAGUUCUAGAGCAGAUUGGGAAGGGUUCUUUUGGUUCUGCUCUUCUCGUGAGGCAUAAGCACGAAAAGAAGAAGUAUGUCCUAAAGAAGAUCCGCCUUGCUCGUCAAACUGAUAGAAGCCGGAGAUCUGCCCACCAGGAGAUGGAGCUUAUUUCCACGGUUCAUAAUCCAUUUAUUGUGGAAUACAAAGAUUCCUGGGUCGAAAGGGGUUGCUUUGUGUGCAUUGUUAUUGGGUAUUGUGAAGGAGGAGACAUGGCAGAAGCCAUAAAAAGGGCCCGUGGUGUUCAUUUCUCUGAAGAGAAACUCUGCCAAUGGUUAGUUCAACUGUUGAUGGCACUUGACUACUUGCAUGCAAACCAUAUUCUUCACCGUGAUGUCAAGUGUUCAAAUAUAUUUUUGACAAAAGAUCAAGACAUCCGUCUGGGUGACUUUGGUCUCGCUAAAAUGUUAACUUCAGAUGAUCUAGCUUCCUCUGUUGUCGGAACUCCGAGUCAUAUGUGCCCUGAGCUUCUUGCUGACAUACCUUAUGGUUCUAAGUCAGAUAUUUGGUCUUUAGGAUGCUGUAUAUAUGAAAUGGCUGCUUUCAGGCCUGCAUUUAAAGCCUUUGAUAUACAAUCUCUGAUUAACAAAAUAAACAAGUCAAUAGUGGCUCCACUUCCGACAUUGUACUCUGGUGCAUUUCGAGGUCUUGUUAAAAGCAUGCUGCGGAAGAACCCAGAACUUAGGCCAAGUGCUGCAGAGGUGCUUGCUCAUCCCCAUCUUCAGCCUUAUGUGCUUAAGAUUCAUCUAAGAUUAAAUAGUCCCCGACGGAAUACUUUCCCAGUUGAUUGGUCUCAGUCCAGUUAUGGGAGGAAAACACGAUUCAUGGAGCCAGAAACUAGUCCUGUUUGUACCAGCAGAGAGAAAAGACGGUCAUUCAGCAAUGAUAGGACCUUAAAUCCUAGUAUUUCUGGAACUGAACAGGGCUCUCUAUGUUCUAGUGUGAGGACGCAGGAAUUCCCGGGUUGUUUAAGUCGUAAGUUCACGGAGGUAUCUAUGGGAAGUACCCAGGAAGAUUAUGGUAACAGAAAGUCGGUGUCCACAAAGUACAAUGUUGUUAACAGUCCACGAGCAACAACAGCAAGAGUUUCUGUUACUCCCAGGAAGCACAUUACAAAGUCAAGAAUUUCCCACGUCAACUCAAAACGUGAUUUGCUUCCGGUGUCGCAUUCUCCAGUCAGAAAAACUUCCCAGUCUUCUCGAAGAGCUUCUCUUCCGUUCUUGACAAGUACCGCAGCUGUGCAAACACCAUAUAGAGCCAAUGUUGGUCCCUUUGGGAUUAUGGAGUCUCCAGACGUUUCUGUCAAUGCCCCGCGACUUGACAAGAUGGCUGAAUUCCCCUUAGCCUCUUCUGAAGAUCCACUCAUUCCAACCCGUGGAAUUUCAUCAACAUCUGCAAGAUGCCCUUCUACCACGCCAAACAGCAUGAACCGCUCUAUCACCAAGGACAAGUGCAUAGUCCAGGUUGUAGACAGAACCAUUUCCAAGUCCAGUACAAUUGAUGGCAGCCACGGAACUGCUCGAAAUGGCAGUGAAUCUCCUGAGCAGAACCCUACCACUGGUGUUUCGAGCCAUUCAUCUUCCGAGUCACGACAACAGCGAUUCGACACCUCAUCAUUCCAGCAACGUGCAGAGGCUUUGGAAGGGUUGCUUGAGUUCAGUGCGCGUCUUCUACAACAAGAAAGGUUUGAUGAGCUCGGAGUGCUCUUGAAGCCAUUCGGACCCGAGAAGGUUUCUCCGAGGGAAACAGCCAUUUGGUUGGCCAAGAGCUUCAAAGAAAUCGCGGCCUAGUUCGCAUUCUCGCAUUGCGAUUGCAUUAUCUUGUAAAUUCCGUACGUCUUGGAAUUCUGGAAUUCGAAAAGAGUAGCUGUUUAAUAUCUUCAUGCUGGCAUGGGAAAAUCUCAAAGUGAGUGCAAAUUGUAAAACGAGUUUUGAAUGGUUUUUAGUUGAACAAUGUUUGGCUAUUCGAGCACGAGUAGAACCUCCUACUCAAAACCUUUCUUGUUCCAAUCAGAGUUUUGUGCUUAUAAUCUGAA